AUGGACUCUGGUAAUGAUGCAAAGGAAAAUGGUGAUAAAACCAUAAAGGAAAGUAAGGAGACACAAAGUCAGAGUAUCAUUAAAAAUCAAAAUGACGUCACAGGUGAUAAACUAAAACUCGAGAAUAGUGGAAGGGGGAAUUUCAGUGGUCAAUCAAACCGGAUAGUAUUAAUUGAUGAUGAUCAAGUGGGUGAUAACAGUAAAGACUUAUCAAAAGAAAAAAGUUGUUCUCAGAUAGAGGAACUUAACAUCGAAGAUCACGAUCGCUUACCUUCGACUAAUAGUUCACAAAAAAUCAAGGGUAAAGAUGCAGAUGUUGAUGUGAUUGUAAAAGAUGACUCGGAUUUUACCGAGAAUGAUGCGACAUUUGAACACACUAGUGGUUCACCAAAAGGUAACCCACAUGCUGUCAGUAUCAGCCGUGGUCCCUAUAAGUUGGCAGAUUUGAUAAGUAACAUAAAGGUCCAAAGCGCUGACAUUCAGAAAUCAGCUGAUACCUUUAUUACAUGUGUCGAAGCAUGGGAUUCCAAUUUUUAUGUUGGGACAAGUGCUGGUGAACUCAUCCACAUGUACAAGGUUGGAGAUUGUAAUGGUGCUGAGAGCGAAGCUGAUAGUCAAGAGAAAUGUGGUUACAUUCAGCUCUCCCGGCAGAAAUGUGCAGAUGGCAAAAUACGACCAAUUAGGAAAAUUAUUUUGCUAUCUGAGAUAGGUAAAAUGCUAGUUCUUUGUGGUAGUACUGUUUCUGCAUAUACUUUACCUGAAUUGUCUCCUGAUAGCAUAGGCAAAGUUGGAGGCGUCUCUGAUAUUACUGUGGAUUGGGAUCAGGUGAUUCUUGAUUCAAAAGGUCGGAAUUACAUAACUAAAAUUGAUCACAUUGCAGGUGAUGUGUUCGUGAAAGUAACGUUACUUACCAGCAAGUACAUUAGAUUGAUUAGAAUAUUUAAUGACAGUAUCAGACUUUACAAGGAUGUGAAUUAUCCCGAUUCCAUAGUUGGUAUUCAGAAGUCUGCUUCCACAAUAGUAGCGUCCCCAACUAAUUAUGACCUUGUUGAUAUGGAUCAUUCACAAAAAGUACAAUUGUUUUCAACAUCAACACCAUCUGACGAUGAGCAAACGGAAGAUGAUCCUGGAUACAAUCAUAUGACUCCAAUAAUCCUACCUGUUGGAAAAGACGAGUUUCUUUUGGUUUGCGGCGGACAUACUGCAAAUGAUCCAGCUGCUGGUGUGAUAGUAAACAGCUCUGGAGACGUCACGAGGGGAACAAUUACUUGGAUGUCUUAUCCAACUUCAGUUGCUGUUGAUUAUCCGUAUAUUUUAGCAACAUUUCCUGGAGGGUUCAUUGCUGUUCAUUCAUUGCAUAAUCAGAAGCUUGUUCAAACUAUUAGAUUUGAUGGGAAUAUAUCAUUAAAAGUUAAAUCUGUUUGCAGGAAUUUCGAAAUUAAAGAUCGGAAUUUGGUAAAGGCGUUAACGAGGCAUUCAAUAAAAACGCAAAUAACCCCUGAAGAAAUUGAAAAAACUGCUAUAGAGUCGGAUCGGGCGGAAAGUAAUCUUAGCAGAAGUUCUUGUUUGCUGUAUGAUAUUCACGGGCAUUUUGUAAAAGUGUUUCAAAGAUUACCGAGGCCCUUCAGAUGGAUCGGAUUAUAUUCCGAUGCAACUGAAGUAUCAUUUGACCAGGUGUUUGAGGAGUUAAUGGAUGAAUUGAAGGAAGCUACAAAUGGAAAUCAUUCGACAGAGUGGCAAUUCCUCGUUACUUUAUUAGUUUUAUUCACCAUGAAGUUCCAUAAGUUUGAUGAUACCUUUAACCUAUUGAUAAACAAUAUUAAAUAUGUUGAUCCCAGAUUAAUUAUUUAUAUUCAUGCUGGGAAGAAUUAUAAACAAAUAUUUGGUUCUAUUUGGGUCUCUGAUGGACUGUUAGAAUUUGUUGAUGAUUUAAGAAAUCAGUAUACUUCGUUAACAGAGCAAGAUAAUUCAAGGGAAUUUAUUCGUUUAUAUGCCAAUACGUGUCUAGCUUCUAAGGAAAGCUUUGAGAAAGUGGAAAUCAAAGCAAUAGCGAAGACAAUUGAAAUAUAUCUUUUGAAUAUAGGUUUGGAUCAAAAAGAGGAUUUAAAUUCUGUGCUCAUGUCAAUACAUUAUAGUUCCACGGAGGUAAUUGAGACUCUUUUAUUUAAAAAGAGUUAUUACUAUUUGUCGAGAUUUUAUGCAUACCAAGAGAACUUUCAGCAAUGUUUGUAUUAUUGGAAAGGACUCAUUACAGGUGAUUUUUAUGAUGAGAAUUAUAUGAAACACUAUAAGAGUUUAGAUGAGUCUUUAACCUCUUUGGUUGAAUAUAUGCUCCAAAAUUGUUCACAAAAGGAGACUGUGGUUGAGACGUAUACUAAUUGGUUGUUAGGGCAAUUUCCCGCUUUUGGAUUUAAAAUUUUGAUUGAUAAAAGAGUGGACAACGUUGAAUUUAAUGAAGUCAAUGUUCUUCAUUUGUUAGAAUCUAAGCAUUCGGAUCUCAUGAUUCAAUAUCUAGAAUAUAUUGUGAAUCAGAAAAACAAGCGGCAAUUUAUUGGAGAUCUCACCCUAGCUAUUUGGUCGGAGAUGUUGCACUUGCUUGAUAAUAAUAAAGUCAUAGAUGAACUAACAGCGAUGGUAUCCUCAUAUAUGGCACUCUCAAUUCCUAAAAUAACGUUUUCCAAAUUUUGGAACUUAAGAAAGGAAAAGUCUGUACAAUCUGAGUUUGUUAUUCUUCACGAUAAAUUAUAUUUCUAUCUCUCUUUCAUUACUCAGGCUACAGUCUCCAUACUGAAUAGAGUUCUUGUUCUUAAUGUUUGUGAGCGGGACAUCAGAGAUCAGAAAAUUGAAAAUAUCCUCCCUUUGAUAUGCUUAAUGAUACAGUUUAAAGGUAAUCAGGAUGAGGCCGUUGUCGAUAUUUUAUGUGAAAUAGAGGAUUACAAUGCCGCGGAUAUUUAUGCUUCAACUGGUGAAUUACCUUAUCUCUCUGAUGAGACAAAAAUACAAAAAUGUGAGCCGUGCUGGGUGGAGAAGCACGAAAAAUCGCAAAAGCUUCUUCUCAUUUUAUUCGACAGAUAUCUUCACUUAAAGAACCCUCAACUUAUAGAUUCAUUCUUAAGUCAUCAUAGCCUUUUUGAAAAUGAUAUAAAAGGCACUCCUGAUGAUAUAUUCACAGUAUUAGACAAAUUUAGUGGAAUCCUUCGUAGAAUCCCUGAUGACUUUCCUCUCAUGGAAGUACAAAAUUUUAUAUCGCGCAGUCUUUUAAAAUUCCAGGAGUACAAUAAUAGUCUUUUAAUUUCAAAGGUCUUGGUCAGAUCAGAUGAUACAAUAGCAAAGAAAAUCAAGAAAAGUUUAUAG